ACAACCACUUUGUUUCCUUGGCAACACCAAGAAAAUUAAAUUUGGAAGCUUGUGAAUUUAAUAAUGCUGUCUUUAACUUGUGCAGCAAAACUGUAAAAGCAGAAAGCAGCGGGACAUAUUUGAUAACUCAAUGACUGUGCUCGGUACAGCGAUCGCAGUCUUAAUCACCUUUGGAGUGAUUGUAUUUACUCUUUUAUUUGGUCAAAGUCCACGAUUAAGGAAUGGCUUUAUCGGCAAGUUCCAUACAUUCCUGACGGUCCAAGGUCCUAAUAGCUUAUUGGCAACGUUUAAGCGGGUUCUCGGUCCGGCAAAUUGGGCCCGCCUUGUUGGUUGCUGGCGAUAUUCCUUUGAAUCGCGCAAUCCAUUCCUCCAAAUAUUCUUUCUAUUUCUAACCGGUGGAUCCAUCGGCUUGUUUCUCAAAUAUGCUUUACCCAAUAUACCAGGAAUUUACCUCCAUCCGGUUCACUUAUACAUAAUUCCAGCACAAAUAUUAUCUUUAUACGCAUCAUACUAUUUUGCGUGUGCAACCGAUCCCGGCAUUGUAACUAAGGACAACAUCCAGCAAUUUCUCGACCAUUAUCAAUAUGACGGCUUACUCUACGAGCCCAAGGAUUGUACCACUUGUCACAUACCAAAACCAGCACGUUCGAAACAUUGCUCAAUGUGCAAAGCGUGUAUCGGACAAUUGGAUCACCACUGUUUUUGGAUCAACCAGUGCGUGGGGGUCAACAACCACCGCUUCUUUUUCCUAUUUUUAUUCACCCUGACACAAUUCUGCGCCUAUGGUGCUUACUUGUGCAUCCAAAUAUAUCGAGGCUUUGUUAUUGAAUGGGGACUUGACAAGGCGUAUAUGCAAGACAAAGCUACUGGAACUACAGUGCCACUGACGUUCAGAAAAGCUAUGCUGCAUAUCUUGCAGAGAGAUCGAAUUAUCGGUUCGAUAGCGAUUUUGGCAUCUGUCGUUUCCUUUGUUGUCUUUUUGUUCUUUCUGUAUCAACUGUAUUUGGCAGGCCGUGGAGUCACAACUAACGAGGCAUUCAAAUGGGAACUGAUUGAAGACGCCAUCGACCGUGGUGAAUUGUGGAUUGAGGAGGAUAACUCGGAUGACGAACACAAACAAAACACCACAGCCAAAAACAAGAGCAGCAGCAAAAAGGAAGACAGCGUGUUUUUGAUGAAAGGAUGUGAUCCAGAUUUCUGGAUCAAUGUCUGUCUGACGCUCUUAGGGUAUAUUCCCGGCCUUUUACAUGGGUUCUACGUCAUGAUUAAGGAGCAUGAACGGGCUCAAUAUGCUGCACAGCAUUACUCAAUCCCAAAUCCUCCAGCAGCAUUAGGCUCAAUGCCUCCAACUCCCGUACAUCCCACUGCCCUUUCUUCAUAAUCUCAUCAGCAAAAGCUUUUGCUU